AUGGGUUCACACUCGUAUGCGGGUGAGAAGUGGCUUUUAUUCGUCAGAGAAGAGCAUGGAUUUGUGUUUACGGCAGUAGUGACACAGGAAAUGAGUGUGAUUGCAGAGGUUCAAGUGGAUGAGACGACGCUGAAAGAACACAGUGAGGAACUUGGGCUCGAGAUAAAGUUAGAGGAAUUUAAGACGCUAUUCGUGAAAACACUGGAGCAGCGUCAAUGUGUGGAUAUACAAGUCGAGAUGAAAGAAAAAACCAAGUCGGUGCAAAAUGUUUAUCUGUUGUUAACGUACAAGUUCAGUCCUACGAUAUCUCGAAAAGGAGUUUUCCAGUUGCCAAUUGUAGCACCUGAUGCUCCCAAGAGUAUUGUAACAUUGCUGGCAAGUAUCCAUGCCACGCCGCCACGUCCGAUGCUGACCGAACAGCAGCAACGGGAGAAACUGGCAAAAGAAUCAUUGGCUGUGGCAAUAAAAAAGAGCAGUGCUGAUUCGACUGCAGUGAACCAUGAAGCAAACAUCCAAGAGAUAAAUGGAACUGCUGCAGCAUCGCAGAGCUCAGCGAAUGUUGCUAUAACGACUGCAGAGGUGAACCCAAAGUUGCUCAAACGAAGACAUGUCCCCACUGGAAUUAUGCGACGAAAAGGUCCUCGAGGUGCCAAGUUGGUAAAAAAGUAG